AUGUUCUUCUUCUGUCUUUUAUUUGUAUCUUCUUUUAGUUUACAACAAGAUGAUAUUAUUCUUCUUCCACGUUCAUCUGAUGGAACAAUUAAGUAUGAAAUUUCAAGUGAACAAAUGACAUCUUCUGAUGGAUUUGUAGGUCAUUUUUGUACUACAGGAAAUAUUCCAUCUUCUCUCUUAUUUCCAAAAGAAAUUGAAGAGAUUGGAUUAUUAAUGAAAAGAGUAACAGACAAAGUAUAUCAAUAUUCUUCUAUUCGUGAAUUUAUGAGUGAAUAUAAUUCAAAUACAUAUAUGGUUAUUGGUAAUGCAGCAGAAAAUAUUAUGAAAGAAAUUAUUUAUAAUUUUACAGGAUAUGAUGUUGUACGAUUUGGUAAAGUAAAUACAAACAUUUAUAAUCCAAUUACAAAUAUAUUUUAUGGAAUUAAUAAUCAAUUAGAACAUCCUAAUGGAUUUUUUUAUACUUCUCAUUCAUUAUCUUCUGAUUAUAAAGAUCAAUUUCCAAUUUCAGGAAUAUUUGAAAUACAUCAACAUGUAGAAACUAAUAACUCUUUUAGUGAAUUAAAAAAUAUUAUUGAAAAUCAUCUUGAAGAAAUGAAAAAAACAUGGAACUUUGAUUCUACUGGUGAUAGAUUUUAUAUGAGAGUUAAUGUUAAUUUAAAAAAUAAAACAUUUGAAUAUUGUGAAAUUGAUACAUUUGAAACUUCUUCAUUUAAAUCAAAUUAUCCAAAAAAAACAGAUAAGUAUAAUCGUAAUAUUUAUUUCUUAAAUUCAUGUGGUAUUGAUUAUUAUAAUAAAAACAGUACUUGUAAAUUUACUCGAUUUAGUGAAAAAGGAAAAAAUAGUGAAAUGUUUGAUUUUGAUACUGUUCAAUAUACCCAUCCAAUUCCUGUUUAUCUUCAAAGACUUAAAGGUGAAGGAACUCAUUUAACAACUGAAAUAACUACUCUUAAUUUUAAUACAACAAAUAAUAAUGAUAUUUAUUUAAUUUAUACCGUCCCACAAGGUAUUUUUAUUGAUAAAUAUCAAAUGCAAGAAUUACAAAGAAAACAAAAAGACCUUGAAGUAUUUAUGUAUGAACCAAUGGACCUUGAAGCUCCAAUUUUAACUGGAAGACAAGCUCAUGUUAUAAUAAAAACAUUAAAACAAACAAAGUCUAUUUCAACUCAUUCAAUUCCAAUUCAUCUUAGAUAUCAUAAAGCUAGAAUUAAUGAUAUGUUUGAAAAAAAUGUUAUCUUCCCACCUCCAGAAGUUUUCUUUAUUUGUGAUAAUUGUACUGAUAGUAGAAGUAUUGAAUUAUUAAAAUAUCAUAAUAUUAAUGGUUAUUUUAAUACUCCUAUUUCUUGUGGAACGAGUGAUCCUUCUCAAUUUAUUUCACCAACUUGUAAUCCUCAAUUCUCUCAAUACACAGUACCUGUAGGACAACUUGACGCAUUUGAUUCAGUAAUGAAAAUCACACUUGGAACUACUUUAAUUGGUGCAAUUAUAAUCAUUGCAUUCGUUAUCAUUUUUUAA